GGCCCAGCGCACAUGGCCCGGCCUCCCUCCCUCCGCCGGUGACCUGUGACCCCCCCCCCCCAGGACCGGCGUUGCGGGCAGCGGGCCCGGCCACCGCCCCUGCACCAUGGAUUUCCCCCCGAGCCUGUUCCCCACCUUCGUGACCCCCGGGCCUCCCGUCCCGGCCGAGCCGCCGGUGCCGCCCCCCAUCCCCGGCCGGGCCGACUGCAUCCGACUGCAGCCCGCUUGGACGGCGGGCCCGGCGGCCGACCCCCGGUUCGAGGCGUCGCACACAGCGACGGGGGACACGUGGCGGGCAGAGACUCCUCACCCCCUCCCCCUUCUGCUACCUGGCUCAGGAUGGGAUCCCGGUCUGACACCCCAAGAUCUCCUUUUCCGGCGGCCUCUGAAGCGUCAGGCAGGGGUCGGAGCUGGGACCACGGUUGCAGUGGACUUUACAGAGCAGCUGGACAGAUUUUUCUGGGAUCAUGGUGAUGUGGCCUUCGGACCCUAUGGGAAGCUGAUGCAGGAUGACUUCACGCUGGUACAGCUGAGGGGUCGCCAGAAAAGAAAUACAGGCAGAGUGUGGCACCUGCUCCAAGAUCUGAGUGAUCACCAGCCUUGGGGGUGUCCCCGGGCCCACGUGACCCAUCGGCAACGUCGAUUUUCCCGCAUGCUGAGGCCGAUGCUGGAGAAAGACCUUGCUGGGGAGCUGCUGGGAAAUCUGCUCCAGGAGGAGCUAGCAGGAUGCUGGCGGCGAUUGCUCUUUGAUGAAACCCCCACCGGGGGGUCACUUGGCUGGUUUCCAGGACCUCGUGGUGGCCAACUGGUCUACCCUGCAGGGAGCACUGCAGAUGAACUUUAUUUCCAGGACAUCACACUGUCUUCGGCUGGAACCCCCCAGGCUCAUGGAGCUCCAAUCCGCGUUCGACUCCGCGGGCCUGUCCGGCAGGUGGUGACUGGGACCGUCCAGGGGGAAGCCCUGGCAGCCGUGAGGUCCGAUCACCAUUGUGCCGUAUGGAGGCUUCGCAGGAUGGGGAAACUGACGCCCCUCCAGGUGCUGGCUACAGAGACGGAAGCCACAUCCCUGGCCCUCAGCCCUCACCUUCCUGGCGAACUGACCGUCUGCACCUGUGCAGGAGCUGUCUACCUGUGGAACCUGCAGAAUGGGCUCCAGCGGGUCCGCAGAAGCACUGAGACCUUGGCUUUUCAAGACCCAUCACCCUGGCGCUGGGCAGACUUCACUGCCCAUCCGCGGGUGUUGACCAUUGCUGACCGCACUGGAGUGGACACUGCAGACAUCAGGGUCCCCCUAAGUUGUGGCCAACACCUGUUCCGUGUGGGCGCAGAGGCUGCAUGCCAGCAAGGAGAGCGGGUAUUGCUGCUGCGGCACUUGGCACCCCACCUCCCCACGCUGCACCUUGUUCUGACGCAGUUCUCACUGUACCUGCUAGAUGAACGUCUGCCCUUAGUGCCGAUGGUUAAAUGGGACCAUGGACUCCCUUCUGCACCUCACCUGGCCCAGCUGCUGCCUCCUCAGAACACUAAGGGCCAUCACCCUCUCCUUCUGGGAGGGUCUGGAGGAGAACUGCGGCUGCUGCAGAUCUCAGGCAAAAGUGGUUCUCCCCCUCAGAUCACUGGACCCCCACUGGCUCUCCCGUCGCUGGCUGAUGCCCUCCCUGACUUCCCACCAGCCGAACCUCACAGUCACCAUUUGCUGAAGGAGAGAUUGCGGGCUCCAGCUACAGGCCUUGCUGCUGCCUCUGGCCUCCCUGGGCCUCCGUGCUCUUUGCUGAUCUUCCAGCUCUCCGCUGCUGGCGAUGUCUUCUAUCAUCGUCUGCUACACCGGUCAGAGGCCGACACCAGCAAGGGCACCGGGGAGGCCACCGGCCCUGGGCCAAACAGCGACUCUUCCGGAACCUGUGCCGUCGAUCACGACUCAAGCCUGGGGACUGACCCUGACCCUGAGAUCAAAGCUGCUUCCAACCCCUCUGCCCUUUCCGGGCAGGCCCCCUUCUCUGAUGAUGGGGACUCCCAAGCCGCUGACUGCUGGCAGCGUUGGCUGAGCACCCUCCUUCAAGGUGCCUCUCACCCUCCUCAGCCCCCUUGGGCCCCCCCAACUUUUGCCCGACGAAGGCUUCUUCCCCUGAAGCAGCGGGGAGCCUCAAGCUCAGUGGCAGCGGCGGCCCGUAGCGGGCUUCUUGUGGCCAUGGCUGAGGGGCAGCUGCUGCACCCAAAGGAUCUGGGCCUGGCUCCCACUCAGCACACCCCGGCCCCUGGACCCCUGCCCAGCGGUUGCAGCAAUGACCUGAACGAACGUCUGGGAGCAGCCUGGGAGGGCGAGGGCCGAGCAUGGUGGGAAGCUCGGCAGGCUGGGGCCCGCAAGGAGAGGGCUCAGCGGCUGCUGGAGCGGCGACGGCAAGCAAAACGAAGGCAACCCCGGCCCCGCCUCUCCAGCUCUUUCUCCUACUCUGUCUGCUCUUUCAGUGCCCGCUCUGACCUCUCAGACUACCACAGUCGUUCCCCCUUCACCGCCCACAGCAGCCCCGCCCACACUGCCCCCAGCAGCCCUGCCCACAUGCCCCCCGGCAGCCCAGCCUACACCCUCAGCAGCCCCGCUGGCAGUACCCCUCGGCCGGCCUCCAGGAGCCUCUCCAAGGCCUCUAAAACCUCCUCCUCUUUGCCCUUCUCAGUGGGCCAGGUCCCGGGCCUCCCCCGGGAGCGCUUGCGAGUGCUCCAGAACUAUCUGGCUGCCCUACCAGAGUCCCAGGCCCCAUUUUCCGUCUCUCCUUCUCCCUACCCCAGCCUGGAGCCCAACACAGUCCUUUCCCAGGACCCUAGCGUCAGAACCCAGCCUCCUUCCUCCCUUUCCUCACAGCCCCAGAAGAAGAGAUCCCGUAUGGGCUUCUGAGUUGCAGUGGGGGCGGGUCUGAACAUCUGCCUCUCCCAGGCAGCUGAUAAGAGAUGGUGUGUAAAAGAGAAUGUGGACCAAUAAAUGGAAGGUGACUUGGGGAUAAA